AUGAAUAUUGUUUAGAAAAAUGUAGAAGAUUUUGAAAUUUAGGAAUCUAUAUCUAGUGAUAACGCUAACUCUAUCACAUUUUUAUGCAGCGAAAAAUACUCGGGAGAAAAAUUAGUUAUGAAAAAAAUGUUCUUUAAAACAAAACAAGAUAGAUUAGAUGCAAUAAGAUAAAUUUAGAAGUAUUAAUUUUUAGAUGCAACAAGAUCUUUAAAGAAUUAAGAUGAUAAUGAUUCAGAAAAUAAUUAUAGUAUUUAUAGAACUCAUGAUUAUCCUGAAAAUAAUUUUAUAAAUAAAUAUAAAUACUACGCAAUUGAUUAGAGGUUAGAUACUAUUGAUUUAAUGGUAUUUUAAGAUCCAAUGCAGCAAUCAUUGCAGGAAAAGAUAUAAAAAAAGUCAAGAUUUGAGGAUUACUUAUCUUCAAAGGAGAUGAAAUGCUUAGUCAAAUCAACUUUUUCAGCUCUUGAAUAUAUGGACAAUAAAUCUCUUGCACAUUUUAAUCUUAAGCCAUCAAAUAUAUUGUUUAGCAGUACAUUUGAAGAAGAUUACUAUAAAGUUAGUGAUUAUGGUUUUGAAAGCACAGAUAUAGAUUCGAAUUAAAUAUGGGAAGUACCAGAAAUUAUAGAGGGAGAAAACUACACUUAAGAUAUAUUCGAUAUGCAUAAUUAUGAAACCUUUAAAGAGGCAUAAAAAAGAAGAGAAUUUAACUCUCUAAACCCAGACCAUGCAGAUUAUGAUCCUAUUAAAUUUGAUGUGUUCCGCUUAGGUUUGAUUCUAAUUCAAGCUGCUACAUUUAUUUCAAAUGAAGAAUUACAAUGCUUUAAAUAUGAAGGGAAUGUAGAAACUCAAUCAUUCAAAGAUGAGGUUUUAGAAACAAUUAAAUAGAGAUAUGAUAAUGAUUUACAUGACUUGAUAGUAAAGAUGAUUAAUGUUAAUCAUAUUUUGAGACCUUACCCUUCUAGUUUAAAAAAAUUAGUACUUUAAUAUCUUCAAUCAAAAUAUGUUUUUCUUGGUGGACCUCAAGGCAAAGGACCUUAAGAAAAUUUAAAUAAAAAAAUAUGUAGCGAAAUAUAUCAAAGAAUCUUGAAUGCUAUCAUGGCUAAAAAGAAAACCCCCGAACUCUAUUUUUUAAAGUAUGAUAUGAACAGAGGCUUAAAAACUAUUUAAUUAUAGAAUUUCGAGAGAGCAAUCAGGAAUCUCUAGCUUUCUUUAACACCUUAUGAAUAUGAAAUUCUCAUUAAGUCCUUACAAAGUGAAAAAUAUAAUGUACUCUAAAUUUAAACUUUGAUUGACACAGAAGAUAGUAAGGCAUUUACUAUUGAACAAGAAGAUAAGCACAAGAUAAAAAUUAUAAAUUAGUAAGAUGAGUAAACUUACGUUAAAGGCAUUCUUGAAUUAAAUAAAGAACUCAAUAAGAAGGGCAUUCUAUUGAGUUAAAUUCUAGAAGACAAAAAAAGAAUCAGUAUUGAAUUCCUUGAAAAGGAUGAUUUCAACUUUUAAUUUAAAAUGAAUUAGGUUUAAUUACCAGAAUUUUUACUUGACUUGAUUUAUAGAAAAUUUAAUAUUAAUAAUGAUGGUUUAAUAGCUUGCUAAGUAUUUAUUGAUGAUUUUAUUGCAUAAACAUAAGUCUCCGAUGAUGAGUACCUUAAAGUAGUUAGAUAAAUAUUUCAUAUUAUUAGAGAAAAAUAUCUAACUUUAGAAAACUUUUUUAAAGCAUAUGACAAUAAAAAUUAGAAAUAUAUUUUAGAAAGUGAUUUUUAGGAAUUUCUUGAAGAAGCUUGCUUUGUCAUUCCAGAAAAAUUUUAUUCUUUAGUUUCUGAAAAUUUAUUGACAAAUAGUGAUGAAAAAAUAUAUCUUUUAAACUUAUAUUAAUUUUUCAAUUAAAUCAUUGCUGAUUUACUUAAGACUUUCUUCAACAGGCUCAUCAAAGAUCUGCAAAAAAAAAAUAUCAAUCUUUAAAGAAUAUUUUAAGACAAUUGCAGUCCACAAAAUCAUUAGCUAAUCUAAAUAGAAAAAGUGGGACAAUCAUUUAAUGUGCUAACAAACGAUUCUAGGCAGUAUAUUAAAUAAGAUGAAUUGGCUUUUAUUUUAAAUUUGCUUGGCAUAAGAAAAGAUAUUCAUGGAUAAAUUAACUUUGAAAGCGCAUGCUAAAAAUUUUACGAAUGGUGUGAAGAAAAUGAUGUUAGGUAGAUAGAUAAUCUAUGUGAUUAGAAAUUAAUUAAAAAAAUGAGAACCUAAAAGGAAGAACUUUAAACGGUUAGAGGUAAAAUUGGUCUAUUGUCAUCUUAGUUAGCUAGUAGAUUGAAAAGAUUCAAGCAAGAGGAUGUUAUUGCGUUUUUUAGAAUCUAAAAAUCGAAAGAUCCUUUAAUGCCUUUUUAAGAAUUCAAUUAAAAAAUAUAAGUUAUCAUGAAAGUUAAAGAAGAAGAUAGUAUUUCUAUGUUUAAACAUUUAGAUAAGCUAAACAUAAAGGCCGUUUCUAGUAUUAUGUUCUUAUAAUUUGCUUAGUUUAAGGUAGAGUCUUUUGAAGAAGAAAUAGAGACUAAACUGAUUAAAGGUAUGGAUGCUAAAAUAUUUAAUCGUCAUCAAAAUUUUAUAGAAGAAAUCAUAUCAUUUUUAGAAGAAAAGAAUGAAACUAUAGAUAAUUAUUUUGCUUCUGAUUCUGGUUAUGUUCACAAUGUAAAUUUCAGAUAUAUGCUAAUGGAUUUGGAUAUAAACUUAACAUUUUUUAAAGAUGAAUUAAAUGAUUUGAUUACUACUUUAUCCUUACCUUCUGACCCCAAUAAUAUCAAUAUAGAACUAUUCCGUGAUAUUAUGCACCAUUUUUAUUAGCUUAGAGCCAAAAAAAAUGCUUUGAAAGGAGAUGGAAUAGAGUUUGAAAAUAUACAUUUUGCUAUUUAGUGGUUUAUUUAAAUAUACGGCUAGCUAAAUUUAAUGAAUCUUACAUUUGAAAAAACAUUUUUGAGAUACGAAGAACGCAAUUAUGAAAUCACUUUACUCAAUAUGGAUCACGUGAUAUUUAAUACACUAAAACUGAAAAGAGAUUAUGCUUACAUUUUCUUUUAGAAAUUUGUUUAGAAGGAUAAAGAGUAUGCUUCUUUGCUUAAAAUAAAGUAAGGGCUUGAAAAAGAAGAAUUUUCUUUAAAAGGAUUAAAAGAAAUUACUUAAUUAGCAAGAUAAUAAAGCAUAAGUAUAGACUAAUUGUUUUUGAGGUUUAAUACUAAUCAUGAUUCGACUAUUGACAUAUAAGAAUUCAGAGAAAUGGCAAAAAUAAUUCAUCCAACUUUACCUGAUGAAGUAAUCAAUCAUAUUUUCUUGCGUAUAGAUCUUUCUGGAGACGGUUAUAUUACUGCUCGUGAAUUUAAAACAUCACUCUUUGGUGCAAUUUCUGAAAGUAUUUAAGAAGAUGAGACACAAUUUCACACUUUAUUCAUCGAAGAAUUUUAGAUUGCACUCAUGAGGCAAAACUUGAACUUAGAAGAUUAUUUGAAAGAUAUAAAUUUCAAAGGCAUAAUUUCAAUAUCAGAUUUCCUAACCAAACUAAAUGAUUUAGGUUAUGAUAUCUAAAAAAAUAAGUUAAAAAUUGAUUCACUUUUGAGCAGAAUCAAGAAAGAUGAAAACACAAUAUAUUUUCUCGAACUUAAAUCUGUCUAUCUCGAAUACAAAAAAGAUGAAGCAGAAUUGAGAAGGAAAGGUUUGAUUACUGAGCAGGAAGAAAAAAGUUUACUUGCAUAUGGCUAAUUGAUAAGAAGAGAAAUGUAAAGAAAUAAGCAUACCUUUGAUACUAUCUUUAAAUCAAAAAAACUCAAAAAUUCUGAGCUAAUAACUGAAUAAUAAGUUAGAAACUAUCUAGUCUUCGAUUUAGAAUUAAACGAUGAUGCUCAAAUGAAAUCAUUUUUUGAACAUUUAAAAAGAUAAAAUCUAAAUAAUGUAGGAAAUACUAAUACAAGAUCUGGUUUAGUCAAUUUGGAUGAUCUAGAAAGGUUAAUUUAUGGCUAUAAAUCUUAAGAUGAUUUGAAAAAGGCUACAAAUUAAUAGGACUAUAAUGUAAAACUAGAGACAUUAGAAGCAAAAAAAUAUGCUUUCACUUUAAAUCAAAGCUUACUGGAUGAAUUAAUAUAAUUCAUAGCUAAAAAUAACUACAUCAGAAAAGAAUUGGAUGAAAUCGACUCUUCAUCAAGAAAAAAAAUAGAAAGAAGGUCAGGUUAGGUAACUGCAGAAGAGUUUAAAAAAGUUUUGAAUGAAGCUGGAAGAUAUGCUAGGUUAGAAGAUGUUGUUUAGUUAGCAAAUUAUUUUGGCUGCAAUAAUGAUGGGAUAUUUUUUUAUAAGCGCCUCUUAGAAGAAAUAGAAAGGGAAACUAAAAUAAGACAUGUUUAAGCAACUAAAGAUAUCACUAUCAAGGAUUUUCCUAUUGAAUUCAAAUAGUUUUGCAUAAAAUUAAAGAAGAAAUUGAAUGAAAGAGGAAUAAAUGUAAUUGAUUUAGUUAAAAAAUAUUACAAAUAAAUAACAGAUAAUUGGAUUUAUGAAAGUGAUUUAUGGUAUGCUUUUAAGGUUGAAUAAAUUCAAAUAGAGUAUGAAUAAACUAAAUAAUUAGUAUAAUCUUUACCUUACAGAAAUGGCAAAAUAGAUUACAAAAUAAUGAAUGAGCUCAUUUUUGAGCAUUUCAAAGAGGAUAAUAGACUAUCUACUCAAGAAAGCAACUAAGAAGAAGAAGAUUAUAUCUAAGGGGGUAAAAAGGUUAGAAUGAUUAUUAAUGAAGAUGUACGUGACCUUUUCAGAGAAAUAAGAAAAGAAUUCUAGUAAUAUAUGGGUAGAGAAAAUAUACCUCUUUUAGUGUUAUUCAAAAGAUUAGAUAUCGAAAAUGAUGAUUACAUAUCAUUUAGUGAAUUCAUUAAAGGAGUUAGUACAUUAUUUCCAAAUAUUAAUUUGUCUAAUCUAGAGCUUGUUUAGGCUGUCUUUAAUAAGUUUGAUAAAAGCCAUGAUACAUAUAUAGAUUUCUCAGAAUUUAAGGCAGCUGUGCUUGAGGAUUAAAGGGAUGUGCAAGUAAAGCCUCUUCUAAGAAAAAUUAAAAAUGUUUUAGACUUGAAAACAGAAGAAGAAAUGAAAUUACAGUUUGAAAAAAUGGAUACAGAUAAAAGUGGAACAAUAGCAUUUGGUGAGUUCAGUUAAGCAUUAAAAGAAAUCGAUUUCCGUUUUACACAAGAAGAGAUAUAGGCGUUGUUUGAGUACUUUGAUAAAGAGGAUAAAAAACACAUUAGUUAUCAUUAAUUCAUAUCUAUGUUAAAUGAUGGUCAUCUUGAUUUUUUGAAAAUAAGAGAAAAGAUAUUUGAAUAUUUGAAGAAUUAAAAUAUUCCUAUGGAAUAUUUCUUUAAGAGGUAUGUGAUGGAUUAGCAACAAUACAUAGAAAAUAGCAUUAUGAAUUUUGAACAGUUUAAAAAAAUGAUGAGAGAUCUAAGCUUUCACUUUGACUAAGGAUAAUUAGAGGAGUUAUUCUGCUACUUAGAUGAAAAUAAGGAUUUUACUAUUUCGAUAGAUGAGUUUAAAAGCAAAAUAUUUGAAUGUAAAAUUGAUAUAAAUAAAGCUCUCAGAGGUAUUAGAAGAGCAAUUAUUUAAGCUGAAUUUGAUAUUGAAGAAGCUAUGAAAAGCAGAGAUAUUCACAAAACAGGAACUAUCCCUUAUCAUGUAUGGGUAAAAUUACUAAAACAGUAUGGUGUUGAAAUCAAACCAAUUGAAAUGGAAGCAAUUUUUAAAUUCUUUUCAAAUAACAAAGAAAAAGAGCUAGAUUACAUAGCCUUUAUUAAUGGGAUGAUUAGUUAAGUUUUUAACAUUGAGGACAUUCAAGAAAAAAUUCUUAAAAUGUGCAAGAAAUAUAAGACAGAGCCUGACAAAUUGUUUGAAUUAUUUGAUGAAAAAAAGGAUGGAAUGCUAGAUUUGCAUGAAUUUGCUUAGAUGUUAGAAAAUUUACAAAUAUUUCUUUCAAAUGAUGAAUUGAAAGAAGCAUAUCAAGUCUUUGAUUUAAAUAAAGAUGGCUAGAUUAAUUCAAAUGAAUUUAGGGCUAUUAUUGAAGGUAAGACCUACUCAAAUAAGAUGUCUUUGCAGCAAUUAAUUAGCUAAAAUUAUUAUCAAAAACAAAAAAUGAAUUAUAAUAACAUUCAUAACUUAAUGUAAACCACUAAUUUUGACCCUAAAGCUCCCAAAUAAAAUAUAGACAAUGACAGUUAAUUAAAGUAAGUGCAUAUUUAAACAAAGUAGAAAGGAUUAUAAUCUAUGAAUAGAUUAGAUAGUAUGGUAGAAUUUCAAAACUUUAGCCCUGGAAAUAGCGAAGUUGGUAGCCCACUUCGUUCGUCUUCAAUCGUUAAAUUUAAAGUUUAGCCAACAUCAACUAUAAGAAGAGAAGGACUUGAAUAAUUUAAUUUAGAUUAGUAUAUUAAAUUAAUAGUAAAAUCAGCAUAAGAAGAUGAAAUACCUAUUUUUUAACUAUUUUCAUAACAUGAUGAAAAAAAGAACUUCAAAUUUUAUAUUACUGGUGUUUAAAAAAUAUUUUAAUAGCUCAGAAUCGAUGCAGAUGAAAAGCAUAUUGGCUAAUUUUUCUAAAGCUCAACUCUUGGGAACGAUGGUUGCUUCUACUAUAUCCCAAUCCUCAAAAAAAUUUUAUAACCACCAAGUCUACUUUAGUAGAUAUUGUUAUUUUCUAUCAAAGCAAAUAAUCUCAAGCCAUAAUAAUAUUUUUAAUUAGUCAGAGAAAAUAGCAACUCAUAGACAGCUGACAUGGAUCAUUGGUCAUUAGGCGAAAUAAUUUUCUUAAAUUAGAAUAUGAACUUAGAUUUAGACAGAAUGUAUCUGUAAGAAGCCUGGAAUAGUUGGCUUUUUACUUUAGGUAACUCUAAUACAAUAGAUGUCAAAGAUUUCAUUGAAUUACUAGGAACAGAAGCAAUUAUCAUGGGUGGUGAAGAUGCCUUAUCUGAAGUUAUGUCUGAAACAGAAUUAAAAAAAGCUUCAGAAGAAAUUUUUUCACAAUUAAAAUCAAUCUAUAUAAAGUUUGGUAUAAAUCUUCACGACAUAUUUACAACAUUCGAUGUUAAGAAAGACUAUACUAUAGAUUCUGUCAAAAACUUGUAAAAAGCUCUUGCAACUGUUUAUAUCCAGCCAGAUAAGAACUAGCUUGAUCAUUUUUAUAAUGCUUAUAAAGAUAACACAGGAAAAUUCAGAUACAUCCUUUUACUGAAGUACAUUUAAAACUUAGAUGAAUUAUUUAAGUCCAUCUUGAUAUUUAUCAUACAAGCAAAUAAGCUAAGCUAUAAAAGUUUCUUUGAAACUCUUAAAAAUUAAGAAAACAGAAGUGUUUAUUGGGGAGUUGAGGAAUUUGUGAAAAUCUCAAAAACAUUCAAUUUCUAAUUUACUUAAGAGGAGUUAGAAGAAUUGGUAUUUGAAUGGGGUAAAAAAAUGAAAGGAAAACUAUCAAUAUUCGAUUUGGCAGUAGCCUUAAAUUUGAGUAUUGAUAUUUCAGCUAAAGAUAUUGAAGCGAUGUAUAAAGAGAGAGUCAAAAAGAUAUUUUCAACAGUAAAAGAUUAUUAAAGAGAUAUCAAAUAAUCCUUAGAAUAAUAGCAGCAAAUUAUGAGUAUGCACUUUGGCACAACUGGUAAUUUUGAUGAAAGUGAAAAGAUUAAGAUUAAUCAAUAUGUAAACGAACUAAGCUAAUACAUCAAUGACCAUAAUUUUUUUGAUCCUUUUGAGUCUAUGGCUAAAAAUGGAUAGCUAAACUUUAAUGAUGUUUUUGAAGCACUUAGAAAUGGCUAUUCAAUUUUUUAGACUUAAGAAGAUAUCAAAUUACUAGCAAGAUGGUUAUGCAGUGAUGGACCAAUUUUAAUAAGUGAAUUAAGUAGAUUGCUCAAAUACGAUAAGGAGCUUUUAAAAAAAAAAGAAGAAAGAGAAAAAGAAAAAAUAGAAAAGAUAAAUUAAGGAAUAAAUAUUGGAAGCUAUGUUAAAGAAGAAGUAAAUGUAAAUAUGGCAGAAUAAACUUUAGCAGAUUUAAUAGCAACGUUUAAGAGAAAUACUGAAACAAUAAUUAGUAUAUAUUUUGGAGAAAAAGACUAUAUUAUUUCAGCAAAUGAGUUUGUAUAAAUUACAACAAAUGCUUGUUCUAUAAUUGAUUCUCUAUAGGCUUAUAACUUAUUCAAUUAUAUUGAUGUGAAUCAUAGUGGUACUGUUACAAAAAAUGAAAUGCUUAUACUUUUUGGAAAUGCUGUAUAGAAAACAUCAAAAGAAGAGUAGUAUGAAAAGAUAAGAGCAUCAAAAGAUGUCAACAAAUAAAUAGAGAAAAUGUUUGUUUAAGUUGAUAAAGACAAUAGUGGAUUUGUUGACUAUCGAGAAUUCGAUUAAAUGCUAAGAGGUAUAGGAAUAUUCUGUAGUCAAAAUGAACUCUUGAAAUAUUUUGCAUUAUUUGAUACAAACAAAGAUAGUAAAAUAUCUUUUGAUGAGUUUAAAUCAGUUGUGAGUGAAAAGUUAAUGGAAGAAGUUAUGUCUGCUGAAGAAAUAGUUGAAGAUUUGAGGAUGCAAUUUAAAAAAGCUGAUAUCAAUAAUACUCGUUUACUCAAUAAGCCAUAGUUAGGCUAAGUUUUUCAAAAUCUCGGUGUCAUUCUUACAACUUAAGAUUUAAAUGAGCUAUUUAAAGUAAUAGAUGCUGACAAAUCAGGUACUAUUGAUAUUGACGAGUUUUUAUACUUCGUUAGCAGUAAUGGCUCUCAGUUUACAGGAGUUGCAACUAAUGUUCUAUUAAAUAUAAGAUCAGCUAAGACAUUGAAUAUUAAUGAUAUGAAGUCACUCUUCUCUAAUUUUCCUAGCAGCUUUUAAAUUUCUUUUACUAGAAAGAAAAAUAAAAAGAGAAUUAAUCUACCUAGCUCAACUAUUAAGCCAAUUCUGAAUAACUACGAUAUAUAUGAAGGAUUCAGAUUUAAUUAUAAGGAAAUAAAUAAUAGAUUCAGAAAUAACUCGUUAAUAGAUAGGUAUUUUGUUCCUCAUAAGUUAAAUUGUGAAAUAAAAUUUGAUGUAGCAACUGGAAUUCCUAUACCAAAAGAUUAAAUUAAGGUAUAAGAUAUUGUGAGCAGACAUGUCUACAUUUCAUUUUUUGACACAAAAAAACAUCAAAUAUUUGGAAACUCAUGCAGAGUACCUGUUAAAUGGGACCCCAACUAUGAAGAUAGAUGGAACUUUAAAUUUGCAGAAAACUUAUUAGAUAACAGUAUUUUAGUUAGACAUGCUAAUUAUGAUUAAAUUAAAGACAUGGAUAUUAUGCUAUGUUUUGAGUUUGUUAUAAGCGUUAAAUUAAGUAACCAAAAAACUCAAAAUCUUGAAAUAUAAAAUAACCUUUCGCAUCACAAUAGGAAUUAACUUUAUGAAAGUUUUGUUUUAUCAACACCUGACUUUGAAGUAUCUUGUUGCUAUGGUACUGUUCCUCUUUAUGAAAUCUUAAAAUCAGGAUCUAAAACAAUUAAGCUAAAUGGAGGUACCCCGAUUAGAGAAAUAGAUAUAGAUAAAUAAGAUGUUAGCGCACGUCGCUCUGGAUGGCGAAGCGUUGUGAAAGCAGUAACUGGAUAAAUAAAAACUACUUUGAAAUUUGAAAUAAGUAGAUCUUUCCCAGACGAAGAGAUUUAUGAAAUAGCAGCACUUCCUGAUACAGUCAUAAUACCUAAAAAGAGUUUAAGCAUAAUCAAAUCAUUUAGAGAAUACGCUAUUGCUAAAUCAAUUAAACUAGACCUUACAUUUAAUACAAAAAUGCAUAGCCUUAUCGAGAUUAAAACAUUCUAAAGAUGUGUAGAUUGCCCUGACAUUUUAUACCCUCUUUCAAAAUUCUGGAAAGAAACUGUUUUACCAUUUAUCAAAGAAUACAAAAAGGAGCUUGAUACUUUUGCCAGCUUGAUGCAAAAGUUAAACCUAGUUAUUUAGCAUAAAGCAUUUAGAUUUAAUAAUAGUGAUCCAACAGCAACAUACUAUUCAUUCCCUUUAAUUACUAAUUCAAGAAAAGAAAUGCUUGACCUCGUCUUUAAAGAAUUUAAAGAAUAAAACCAAUUAGAAGUUAGACCUAAAGCCAAUCCAAAAUCAUCAUAAUAAUCCUCAUAGCAAUCGUCUAAACCAUCAAAACCAAGCAACUAAUAAUUUGGAUUUGAUGUUAUUAACUGCUAUGAGACAUUCAAUAUAUCUGAUAUCUUAAGUGAUGAUGAAGAUAGUGACUUUGAUAUGCUUGAAACUUACUAUUAGCAAAAGGAUAGGAUUAAUAAAACUCAACUUUUUUUGGAUUGA